AGCGUCAUUCUUUCUUGCGCUGUGGAAGCGAAAAUGGAGAGACUGAUGAGGGUGGAAGUAAAAGAGGCAGAGCGCGUGGAGGAGACGCCGGAGCACCAGCCGCCCAACAUCUCCCGGAUGGAGCCGGUCACCCACGCCGCGUACGGCGGCGGAAUGUACGGAACCGAGGAGGGGCAACAGGAGAAACCGGUGACAAAGCAUCCCGCCAGCGACACCCAGAGCGCUGACGGGCCGGUUGGGCCCGACGUCCAGCCCAAGCACAAGCCCCCGCCGUCCACCGGCGACCGAGACGUCGACAUCACCGGCCAAUCUUACAUUCAGUAAUUAAUUAAUUAGCAUCGAUUAAAUUAAUGAUUAUUUUAUGCUGUUUUAAUCUCUACCGCUUUUCGUUGAUCGUGUUGCGCCCCGUACCCUACUUGGAUGUUCAUGAAUCUAAUGCAUAAAAUUCUAUUUUUUGUUUUU